AUGGAGAUCUCCUCUCUCCCUGAAACCAAUUCUGCAGACUGCACAGGUAGAGGGGUUUGGGGUCUGAAUAUGCCCAUGCCCCCAGCAAACCCCAGCUUCUAUGUCACAGUGCCUGUCAUCUACUGUGCUGUGGGGCUGACAGGCAACACUGCCGUCAUCUAUGUAAUCCUCAAAGCUCCCAAGAUGAAAACGGUCACCAACAUCUUCAUCCUCAACCUGGCCAUUGCUGAUGAACUCUUUACUCUGGUGCUGCCCAUCAACAUUGCUGACUACCUGCUCCUGCAGUGGCCCUAUGGAGAGUUCAUCUCCAUAGACCAGUAUAACCCCUUCUCCAGCAUCUACUUCCUCACCGUCAUGAGCAUUGACCGCUACCUCGUUGUGGUGGCCACCACCCAGUCCAGGAAGAUGUCCUACCGCCAAUACCGAGCGGCCAAGAUUGUGAGCCUCUGUGUCUGGUCCUUGGUCACAGUCAUCAUCCUGCCCUUCACCAUCUUUGCCAAGAUACACAAGGAGCAGGGGCGCUCCCAAUGUGUCUUUGUGUACUCCCACCCCGAGAGUGGCUGGUGGAAAGUCAGUUGGAUCUACACUCUUGUUUUAGGCUUUGCCAUCCCAGUGUCCACCAUCUGCAUCCUCUACACAACCAUGCUGUGCAGACUGAGAAGUGUGCACCUCCACUGCAAUGCAAAAGCCCUGGACAAGGCCAAGAAAAAGGUGAUGCUGAUGGUGGGUGACAUCCUUUUUUGCUGGACGCCCUAUCACCUGAGCACAUUGGUGGCCCCCACCACAGAUAUCCUACAGACUCCACUCAUCGUUGGGAUUUCCUACUUCAUUACUAGCUUGAGUUAUGCAAACAGCUGUUUCAACCCUUUCCUGUAUGCCUUUCUGGAUGACAAUUUCUGGAGGAGCUUUCGCAAACUGAUGGAUUGCAGAAGCACCUCCUAA